AUGGAAACAAACGAAAACUGUGAUAUCUGUGAUAACAGUACAUCAGAUGAUGACAUAUUAAUUGAAAAUAUUAAGAAAAAAAAUUGCUAUAUUAAAUUAAAUGACUCGAAGCAAACAAAUGAAGGCCAGAAGAAGGAUAUAAACACACAAAAGGUGUUGAAGAGUGGUGGUAAAACAGUUUCGAAAGAGACAGGUUCUACUGUUCGAAAAGUGAAAUCAGAAAACAAUACGAAAGGAAAAAAAGAUUCGCCAUUGAAUGAAUGCAAAGUGAUAAAAAGACGCAAGGUAAGUACUCAUGGGGGUGAUGAAGUUAAAGAAGAUGCAAAUACUAGCAAUAACAAGACCGAUAAGAAAAAUGAUGCAGUAAAAAAAAGGAAAUCAAAUGUAAAGGAAAAGAAAGAGGCAGAUGAAAAAUCCAGAUCUCCUAAAGUAGAAAAACAGAGAGAAAAUAAAGUAAAAAAAGAAAUAGAUAAAAAGCCUAAAAAGAUAGUUAAAAAAUCUGAGGAAAAUUUUGAACCAAUAAACAGAUGGUGGGAAAAAAUAGAUGAUCAAACUGAUGCACAGUGGCAUUACUUAGAACAUAGAGGUCUAAUUUUUCCUCCCCCAUAUGUACAACAUAACAUUCCUAUUUUUUAUAAAAGUAUAAAAAUAGAAUUAAAUGAAAAGGCAGAGGAAUUAGCUACAUAUUGGUGUAGUGUAAUAGGUAGUGAUUACUGCACGAAAGAAAAGUUCAUAUUAAACUUUUUUAGAACUUUCAUAUGCACAUUAGAGAAAGAUAAUAUAAUAAGACAAGAAAAUGAAAACAAGUUAAAAAAAGGAGAUAUAUCCAAUUUUAAAUUUCUUGAUUUUAUGCAAAUCAAAGAUCAUUUGAUUAAAUUAAGAGAAGAAAAAUUAAAUAAGACAAAAGAAGAAAAAGAAGAAGAAAAAAAAAUAAGGGCAGAAAAAGAAUUACCAUAUACAUACGCAUUGGUUGAUUGGAUUCGUGAAAAAAUUUCCAGCAACAAAGCAGAACCACCUGGUUUAUUUAGAGGAAGAGGAGAACACCCAAAACAAGGUUUAUUGAAAAAAAGAAUAUUUCCAGAAGAUGUAGUAAUUAAUGUAAGUAAAGAUGCACCCGUUCCACGACUUUACGAUGAUAUGUGUGGACAUAAUUGGGCAGACACAUACCAUGAUAAUAAAGUAACGUGGUUAGCUUUUUAUAAAGACAGCAUAAAUGAUCAACUAAAAUACACAUUUCUAUCAGCUCAAUCAAAAUUUAAAGGAUAUAAAGAUUUUCUUAAGUAUGAAAAUGCAAGAAAAUUAAAAUCCUGCGUUCAUAAGAUUAGAGAAGAUUAUAUGAAUAAAAUGAAAAAUAAAAACAUCCUUGAGAAACAACUAGGAACAGCAGUUUAUUUAAUAGAUUUCUUGGCUUUAAGAGUAGGGGGAGAAAAAGACAUAGAUGAAGAAGCAGAUACUGUAGGAUGUUGUAGUUUACGAGUUGAACACGUUAGCUUUUCCCAUUUGGUACCUAUUAAAAAUGAAAAUAUAAAGGGAGAAAACAUAAAAGGAGAAAGAGAAAGUGAUAAUAAAAGUAACAAAUUACCACUACCGAAAAAUUUAGAAGAUAUAUCUGAAGAGCAUUGUUAUAUAACUCUCGAUUUUUUAGGAAAAGAUAGUAUUCGUUAUUUUAAUACUGUAAAAUUAGAUAAACAAGCAUAUAUCAAUAUGAUCAUAUUUUGCAAAAAUAAAAACAAAGAUGAAGGAGUGUUCGAUCAAAUUAAUUGCUCCAAAUUAAAUGAAUAUUUAAAAGAAAUUAUGCCUACAUUGUCAGCAAAAGUUUUUCGUACAUAUAACGCUUCAAUUACUUUAGACCAGCAAUUAAAAAGAAUAAAAGAAAUUAAAAGUAAACCAACGGAUCCGUUACUUUCAUAUUAUGGUGAUUUACCCAAAAAUAAAAAGAGGAAGUCAGAUAACAUAAUUUCGUUAACCAGUGUACUUAGUGACUUAAGUGACUCAACACAAAAUGGAAAAAGUAGAAAUUGUGAGGAAGAGGAAAAUAAUGGCACAGUGCUUACAAACAACAGUGCAAAUCUUGAUAGCAGCCCUUUAGGGAGAAAAAACGACAAUGACAAAAAUUCACCCAUAGAAGUGGAUGUGUCAAAUGUAAAUGAACUGAUUAACUUCUUCAAUAAUGCGAAUAGAGAAGUUGCUAUUUUGUGUAACCAUCAAAGAAGUAUUCCAAAACAACACGAUACAGCUAUGUUUAAAAUAAAAAAGCAAAUAGAAGUUUAUACAGAGGAUAUAAAGGAGUAUAAAAAGUAUUUACAAUAUCUGAAAAAAGGAACCAACGAACAAAGCUUUACAUUUGUUUCUAAGGUUGUUACCUUAGAUGGAUCUCUAAGACCUAACAAAGUAAAGGAAAACAUGAAGGAAGAACCAUGUAAAAAGAAAUUAAUUGCUCUUAUCAAAAAAGUGGAGUUAUUAAAAAAUCAAAUGAAAAUACGGGAUGAUAAUAAGACAAUUGCUUUGGGAACAUCUAAAAUAAAUUAUAUGGAUCCAAGAAUCACCGUUGCCUUUUGCAAAAGAUUUGAAAUACCAAUAGAAAAAAUAUUUAAUAGGAGUUUGAGGCUCAAAUUUCCAUGGGCAAUGUUUGUGACAAAAAAUUUCAAUUUUUAA